AUGGAAACUAUGAAGAAUGUUCAAGUACAAACAAGUGAGGCAGUAAGGGACACUUACAAGAUAGCAUAUAUUCUCCAUUUCUUUUUAGGAGCAGGCAAUCUUCUUCCAUGGAAUGCAUUCAUCACAGCCAUUGAUUACUUCGCUUACCUUUACCCAUCAAAGCACGUUGAGAGAGUCUUCUCAGUAGCAUACAUGACUUCCUCGUUACUCGUUUUGUUACUGAUGAUAAAGAGCCAAGGCAGCAGAUCAGGAAGCAGGUUUAGACUAAGGAUGAAUGUUGGUUUUACCAUGUUUGUGCUGUCUUUGAUGGUAACUCCUGCAAUCGAUUGGGUUAAAUGGCCGUCUGUUAAAGGGAAUUCCGAUGGGAGCUUCAUUGCGACUGUCGCAUCUGUAGUAGUGUGUGGUUUAGCCGAUGGCUUGAUCGGAGGAAGCUUGAUAGGUUCUGCAGGGAAGUUACCUAAGGAGUAUAUGCAGGCAGUUUUUGCUGGAACUGCUUCCUCAGGGGUUCUAGUUUCGAUGCUGAGGAUCAUAACAAAGGCGUCUCUCCCAGAAAAUCCGCGAGGUUUACAAACGAGUGCACAUUUCUACUUCAUCGUGAGCGCCAUCAUCGUGGUAGUCUGCACAGUCUGCAGCAACCUGCUGUUCAGACUUCCAGUAAUGCAAGAGCAUCAACUAUCUCAACAGCACAUUCACAAUCCUAUUACUACUAAUAAGCCUAGACUUUCCGACACUGCAAAGAAAAUCCUGCAUCCCACAAUCGGAAUCCUGUCAAUCUAUGUCGUUACUCUAUCGAUUUUUCCUGGGUUCAUUUCAGAUGAUAAUCACACAUCCGAACUUCUCAAAGACUGGUACCCGAUUUUGAUCAUCAUGGUCUACAAUUUCUCAGAUCUAGCAGGAAAAUCCUUAACAGCUUUGUUGAUCCCAAACAACAUAACUAGAGUGACAUGGGCAUGUUUGGCAAGAGUCAUGUUUUUUCCUGCUUUCAGAGCAAGUCUGCAUGGACCUAGGUGGCUUCAGGGUGAAGUUUUUACUGUGUUGCUAACGUUUUUGCUUGGUAUAAGUAAUGGCUAUUUAACAAGCACUCUUAUGAUUCUAACUCCGAAAUCAGUGAGCUUAUUGGAGGCGGAAACUGCUGCUGUUGUUAUGGCUGUAGCUCUUGGAGUUGGCUUGGUCGGAGGUUCUGUUCUUGGUUGGCUCUGGGUCAUAUGAUAAAUAAUCUCUUGUUAUAAUCUUUAGGAAAAGCUUGUAUUAAGGUGUUGAAGGGAUGAAACAUAGUCAAGGGCGAAGGUAAUGUCUAUAAAGAAACAGUAACCCUUAAUUUGUAUUAAAAAGAAA